AUGUUCAAAUUGAUUGAUGAAGAUAUUGAUGAUUUAACUCCUGAAAUUGAAAUAUUGAAGGGACCACAAAGAUCUUGCUUAGACAGUAUCAUUGGCAACGAAGGUGUAGACAUAGAGGAAGAUGGUCAAUUAUUGGUCAGUCAGCUAACCCAAGAAGAACCACCCCAACCAGCAGAAAUCAAAGUGCCGGGAGCAAGUCCUACUCGAAAAGUAAGAUUCAAGCGUGCGGCUGUGUCGAAGGCUAAGUGUAAAGGGGGAAAGAGUGUUCUAUCAGAACAUGAGAUUUUCAAAUUGAUUGAUGAAGAUAUUGAUGAUUUAACUCCUGAAAUUGAGAUAUUGAAGGGACCACAAAGAUCUUGCUUAGGCAGUAUCAUUGGCAAUGAAGGUGUAGACAUAGAGGAAGAUGAUGGGAGUAUGGGUUUAGGGAAACAAAAGGCAGCACAACGUAAACUUUUCGGCUUGAUAGAUGAAGAUGAUGGUAGUUCACCUGGAUACAUUAAUAUGGUGGAAAACGAACCAAGAUGUGGGGUAGACAGUAUCAUUGGUGCAGGGUGUUCAGACAUACCUAAUGGAGCAGAAAAAGAAGACGUUGGUGUCGUUAAAUGUGAAGGUGAAGCUACUGAUGGCAACCCAGCAAACCAUUUUGAAGGUGAAGGUGCACAAGUUGGUGUCGUUGCACAAGUAGCUGACAUUGCACAAUCACAUGAUGCUGCACAAGCAGCUGAUGUUGAAAAAGGUUCAGAUGACAAACAGAGGAAGACAGAUGGCAGAAAUAGCAAACCUGUUAAGGUUGGGAGGAAAAGAGCCAAAGAUAGGCUAGCUACUGGUUCUAAGCACACUAAGAAGCACAAGAAAAAACUUGAUAUUCCAAUUGCCUCUGAUGAUGCCCCUCCCACAAAGAAGGCAAAGAGGACUGUGACUUGUGGUUUAUGUGGUGUUGAUGGUCACUAUCGGUCUACUUGUAUGAGUUCUAUUGCUGGAAUGUACAAGGCGAGGGUGGCAUCUGCUAAAGCAAGUAGUAGCAGUCUUGGCAGCAUUAAAAUCCACUUUGGUGGGGAGCUUUAUGCCAAGCCAUAUCCACUUUAUUGGGGUAGUGCUUUCAGGGUAUUCGAUAAUGUAGAUCUUCAAACAGUAUCCUUUUGGAACUUACAUGAAAUGGCACAAAGGAUUGGAAUGCUCAACAUUGUUAAUUUUUACUCUUUAUCUGAAGAAAAAGGGGUGGAAAAGAUUGUGGGAGACGGAAUGUUUUUCCCCAUGUGUCAAGAUGCUUUGAACCGUGAUAGAUUAAUCACGUUGUAUGCGUUGGACUAUCAGGAUGAAUGGUUCUUUGCUAGGAACGAUGACUUCCUAGAUAGUGAUCCAGACCUUGAAUGGGACUCCGAUUAUGCCUGCAAUUGUGAACAAUAUGGUGGCUGGAAGGAAUACAAUUCCGAUGAAGAUUCAGACUCUCAAUGUUCAUCUCAAUGUUCUUGUACUGAUUUUCCCUGA